UGCUUCUCGCUAAUUUCCUCUCUCGCCAAAACAAGAUACGAGAGAGUGGAUAAGAAAAAUAGAACAAAUAGCAGUAUCAGUGCGAAACCCUAAUAAUGGAUCGUUCAGCCGAUAGAGAAAAAGCGAGCAAACGAUCCCGGGAAGAUCGUGAACGUGAAUCAACCAAAGAACACAAACACAAGCAUCGAACCCGAGACCGAGAGGAAAGGCACCACCUAUCGGAACGAGAUUCGAAGAGGGAGAAGUCUCACGAGCCUCGCGAGCAUAAGUCCUCCAGACGCGAGGAUCGAGAGAGCUCUCGAGAUGCAGAGCACAAGCGCGAGAAAUCGUAUGAGCCAAGGGACGAGAGAGAGAAGAAGAGCAGAGAUUCGAAGCGGGAGAGGUCUGACGAGCCUCGCGACCGCAAAUCAUAUAGGCGUGAGGAUCGUGCGAGCUCUCGAGACCGAGAGAAGUCGUAUGAGCCGAGGGAGGAGAGAGUGGGAAGCAAAGAUAGGAUUCGCGAGAGGGAGAUGAAGCGCGAGCGAUCAGAUGAGGAGAACGAAAGGAAUUUGGAAAGUGAAUCGACUAGAAAGAGGAAAGAGCGAGGAGACAACGAAGAUAUGGUUGAUGAAGGAGAGAAGAGGGUUAGAGUUUCUGAAGGGAAAAGAGAGAGGAGGAGAUUUGAGGAUAAAGUAAAGAAUGAGGAUAACGAUGGUUUUGAGUAUGGGAGAAGAGAUCAUGCAAAUGAGAUUAAGCUGAAGGAAGAAGUGAGUGACGAAAGAAUCGAUGCGGGAACAACGAAUGGGGGCGGCUUGAUUGCAAAUGGCACCGCUUCGGAGUCAUUUACUAGUAAAUCAAGCGAUGCUUCUGAGUCCAUUAUGCCCCCUGGUCAUUCCUUCCCUACAAAGGUAUAUUCAAUUUCUACCACCAAUGAAAAUAAGGGAGUUAGUAUUACCAGAUCUGAUGAGGUUCCUGGAAAAUCCAGUACAGAUGGGUCAUCUGCAGCUGCUGGUAAAAGUGGAAGUCUAUCACUUGAUGCUCUAGCAAAAGCUAAAAAAGCUUUACAAAUGCAGAAGGAAUUGUCAGAGAAGUUGAAGAAGAUACCCAUGUUGAACAAGGGGCCUAGUGCCAGUUCAGAUGGUAGCUUAGGAUUAAAGGAAGGAGUGAAAUCAUUAGCUUCUGGUGCGGGAAUAGGGGGGAGGUCUGUUCCAUUGACGACGACCACCUCCAUUCUUUCUUCUGAGGCACAAUCAAGUUCGUCAACCUUAGCUGCUGUUGCUGUAGCCUCUGCAACACCAGCUACAAGUGGGAUUCCUCCUGUUACUGGCCUUAAUACUGUUCCUAAUAUUGAAGCUGUUAAACGUGCUCAAGAGCUUGCUGCUAAGAUGGGUUUUCGCCAGGAUCCUCAGUUUGCUCCUCUCAUAAACUUGUUUCCUGGACAGAUGCCAACAAGUGUUCCUGUGCCACAGAAGCCAACCAAGGCCCCUGUUCUCCGUGUGGAUGCACUUGGUAGAGAAAUAGAUGAACAUGGAAAUGUCAUUAAUGUGACUAAACCAAGCAAUCUUAGCACCUUAAAGGUCAACAUUAAUAAGCAGAAAAAAGAUGCAUUUCAAAUUCUUAAACCUGAGCUUGAAGUGGAUCCAGAACAAAACCCCCAUUUUGAUGGAAGAAUGGGCAUCGACAAAACAAAGCUUUUGAGACCUAAACGAAUGACAUUCCAGUUUGUAGAGGAAGGCAAAUGGUCAAAAGAUGCAGAACUGAUAAAAUUGAAGAGUCAAUUUGGAGAUGAAAGAGCAAGAGAGUUAAAGGCAAAGCAAGCACAGUAUGCAAAGGCAAAGGCAGCCCCUGAUAUAAAUCCAAAUUUAAUUGAAGUAUCAGAAAGAGUUAUAAUUAAAGAAAAACUCAAAGAAUCAAUUCCUGAAAUUGAGUGGUGGGAUGUGCCUCUCAUGCCUAAUGGUGCUUAUGGCGAUAUUGUCGAUGGCAACAUCACUGACAAUAAGUUCAAAAAGGAGAAGAUCACUAUCUAUGUUGAGCACCCUCGUCCUAUUGAGCCUCCAGCUGAGCCUGCUCCUCCCCCUCCUCAACCUCUCAAGCUAACUAAGAAAGAGCAGAAGAAACUUCGUACUCAGCGUCGUCUUGCCAGAGAAAAGGAUAGGCAGGAAAUGAUCAGACAAGGCCUUUCUGAGCCUCCAAAACCAAAAGUUAAAAUGAGCAAUUUAAUGAAAGUUCUUGGCACUGAGGCAACUCAGGAUCCCACCAAACUUGAGAUGGAAAUCCGUGCUGCAGCUGCUGAGCGUGAGCAAGCUCAUGUGGAUAGGAAUCUUUCACGCAAGCUUACUCCUGCCGAACGCCGAGAGAAGAAGGAGAGGAAGCUUUUCGAUGACCCUAGUACACUGGAAACUAUUGUUUCAGUGUACAAGAUCAACGACCUUUCACACCCAAAAACUCGCUUCAAGGUUGAUGUUAAUGCGCAAGAGAACCGUUUGACCGGCCGCGCGGUGGUUUCGGAGGGAAUUAGUGUUGUAGUUGUUGAAGGUGGAAGCAAAUCUAUCAAGAGAUAUGGGAAGCUGAUGCUUAAGCGUAUAAAUUGGGCAGAUGCGGUGAAAGAAGAAGAUGAUGAUGAGGAUGAAGGGGAUGACAAACCUGUCAACAAGUGUGUGUUGGUUUGGCAAGGAAGUGUUUCAAAGUCAAGUUUCAAUAGGUUCUCCUUUCAUGAAUGCAUUACAGAAGCAGCUGCAAGAAAGGUUUUUGUUGACGCCGGUGUUGCUCACUAUUGGGAUCUUGCUGUGAACUUCUCAGAUGAUCAAAUUUGAGCGGUCACAUGCUUCUACUUUGAUGGUUGUUCCUGAAGGCUGAAUGAUUUUUGGUGUUCUUUGGUAGUGCUGAGUUUGGACAACCACGUCAUACCAUGCUUCCAACCAUAUGAGACCAUUGCUGAUUUUUUCCUUUUCCAUGAAUGAUUCUGAAUCCUAGAUUUCCCGAGUUGUAUUCCUUAAAAACCCUACUCUGUACACUAUAAACUUCAUAAUUGCAGGUGGGAUUUAUUCUACGGUGAGAGAUGUUAUCAUGCUA